AUGCCAAAAAAAGAUAUGGCCCUUUCUGACAAUAUGUGGCAAUAUAGAGAUGUUUUGUUUGAUUUGGACACUCGAAUGCUACGAUUAGCAGCAGGAGAGUCUAUUGUCGAGAGGAUAGAUAAUGUGGAGGAUACUAAAGGGAAUAAUGGAGAUAGAGGAUUGUUAAGAAUCACUAAUUUACGCUUGAUUUGGAAAAUUCGUGGGCAAGCAGAAUCGCUUUAUAUAAUGUCUAAAGGACUUUCUGGAACAAAAUUUGAAUUUGUCUUUACAUGCGUUAAUCCGUCUAGUACCAAAUUUUUCUCUACAGUUAUUGGUAUAAAUAGAGCUUAUGAAGCAUCAAGAAUGUAUCGCGAAAUGAAAAUGAGAACAACUUUACUCAAUUCUGAGGAGAAAUUAAUUUUAUUAUCAUUAGAAACACAAUGUGACAGAAUCGAUGGUGUUUGGAAUUUAAGUAGCGAUCAAGUUCGUUAA